UUAAAUAACUCAAUUUGUUCUUCUGUCUUGGAUAUAAGCACAGAAAGUAUAAGUGCAGAUUUAAGUCAUCUGGUCUCAUGUUUCUGUAAGGAUAUAAACCAUUUGUCGCACAUCUCCAGAUUUCACACAAAGCAGAAUGAAUGAGAUCUCCGCUGUCCCAUGAUGUGCAGUUGAGUUUUACCAGCUGCUCAACACAAACCCGACGAGAAGUGAGCAGAGGUUAAUAUCAGCCGUCUGUUUGACGCGUGGCUGCUGGAGCGCGUGAUGAUGAUGAUGAUGAUGAAGGUGGUUCGGUUACGCGAGGUUUGACAUGUGAUGAUGAUGAUGAGCUGAUUUAAAGCCCGUCCGGACCCUGAAGAUGUGAUUCAGAAGACUCGGUAGAUAUUCUCUCGUGAUGUUGUGUAUGGAUGAAGAAACGUGCUUCAGGUUGAUGAUUUCUUGAAGAGAUGGAGUCGUUUGUAAACGGUGUCAUUUACAGUGAAGACCCUUUCUCCGGACCCCUGACAUCUGUCGAGCCCUGGAACUAUAAAGUCCUGUCGGCUUUAAUGUUCAUCGUGACCAGUUUAUCUCUCUCGGAGAACCUGACGGUGAUGCUGGUCACUUUUAAAUUCAAGCAACUCCGACAGCCUUUAAAUUAUGUCAUUGUUAAUUUGUCUCUGGCUGAUUUUCUCGUGUCUUUAACUGGAGGAGUAAUAAGUUGUGUAACUAAUUUCCACGGCUAUUUCUUCUUGGGUAGAUGGGCUUGUGUUCUGGAAGGAUUUGCCGUCACAUUCUUUGGCAUCGUGGCAAUGUGGUCUCUAGCCGUACUGGCGUUUGAACGUUAUUUUGUGAUCUGUCGGCCCCUCGGGAACAUUCGUCUGAGAGGUAAACACGCAACACUGGGUCUGCUGUUCGUCUGGACCUUCUCUUUUAUUUGGACCAUUCCACCUGUGCUGGGCUGGAGCAGUUACACUGUCAGCCGGAUCGGUACCACAUGUGAACCUAACUGGUAUUCAGGACGGUUUCAUGAUCAGACCUUCAUCAUCACGUUCUUCAUCACCUGUUUCAUUCUUCCUCUGGGUGUGAUCAUCGUCUGUUACUGUAAGCUGUUGAAGAAGUUGAGAAAGGUGUCCAACACCCACGGCAGGCUGGGUAAUGCCAGAAAACCUGAGCGUCAGGUGACCCGCAUGGUGGUUGUAAUGAUCGUGGCCUUUAUGGUGGCCUGGACACCUUACGCUGCGUUCUCCGUUGUGGUCACCGCCCACCCGAGCAUCCAUCUGGACCCUCGACUGGCAGCCGUUCCGGCGUUCUUCUCCAAAACAGCAGCGGUUUACAACCCCAUCAUCUAUGUCUUUAUGAACAAACAGUUCAGGAAGUGUCUGAUUCAGCUCGUGAGCUGUAGUGGCAUCAGCACCAUAGAUGGAAACCUGACCACAGAGCGUAUUGGAUUGACCAAUGAAAGUCAAACAGGAGAGAUGUCCACCAUCGCCGCCCAGAUCCCAGCAGCCAGACCCGUCCAACCCAAAUCAGAUGAACAGCCCAGUGAAUGUAGCCUGUUUGGCCAACUUCCCAUUCCUGAGAACAAAGUCUGUCCGAUGUGAGUGAGAACACAAUCAAGAUGUUUCUAACCUCCUGUAUGAUGGAAAUGGAUUUUCAUGUUAGUGUUGAGACAUUCAUACAGUUUAUAAAUCUUUAUAGCAGCUGUAAGUUGGUGUAUGACUGUUUAAACAUUAAAGCAUAGCAUUGAAGAAUAUAUUUUAAAACAUCAAGCUACAACUUCACUGGUGAACUAAACUGAUGCUCAUGUCAAAUCAACAUAUAUUUUUUGUUACAUUAACUUAACAAAUUCAGUUAAACAAUUUCAACUUGAUUUUAUAAGUUAUAUCAACUUAUAUAUAUCAACUUAAGUCAAAACUUAAAAUAGUAGGUUGAAUUGACUUGCAAAACAAAGUUGUUUUAACUUCAUGCUGUAUUUUUCUACAGUGUACUUUAGCAGUACAGUAUACACAAUAUGGACACAAGUAUUGAGACCUGACCAUUACACUACAUCAACAUGAACUUUAAUGACACUAAUGAUUACAUACAGUAUAUAGACAUUAAGUGAACUUCCACGAGAUUUCAGAGUGUUUCUGUACACACUAUUCUUUGCUGCCUUAAUUUCUUUGUUAAAUCAACUCAGAUUUAGAAUUCAUUUCAACUUACUAUUAUUUAUCUAUCUAUGAUUUUAUUAGUUGUAGCAAUACAUCUCUUGUCAAGGUAAAUAACAGUAAGGUGUCUGACUUGUAAAUCUGAGUUGAUUAAACAAAGAAAUUUAAGGCAGCAAAUCAUUUUUUCAGGAUGGGAUUUUUGAACAUUCAUUCAGAAAAGCAUUUCUGAGGUCAGACACUGAUGUUGGAUGAGAAAGCCUGACUCACAUUUAUUCACAUUUCAAAGGUGUUUGAUAAGAUUAGGACUCAUUUUACAGAUGUCUUUAAAUUUUGUGCAAAAGGUCAAAUAAAAACUGGGUCUUUUCUAAACUGAUCCAAAGCACUGCAUUGUCCAGAAUAUUUUGGUAUGAUGUACUUUUGUCCAUAUACGGUAUCUUAAUAAAUAUUAAACCUUAAGCAAUAAUUAUAACUGAACUAUGUUAUGGUAUGUUGGAUCAUAAAAAGUAAUAAUAUAGAGAAAGAGAGAGAGAGAUGGGUGUUUAAUGUAAAUGUGGAUUUUUCAAAUGAGGACUCACUGAACAUUCGUUUACACUUCUGUACAAAAUCACUUUUGUUUAAAAAAACUUUUGUACUGAGAUCAUGAUCAUCUUUUUUUAAAUCAGGACACUUCAAUGAAAGUUCUGUUAAUGUUUGAACACAUUUAUUGCUUAAUCAAAUGUAAUGAAUGCAUUAAAAUAUAUAUUAAAUCAUGCAUGAUGAUAAAUGAUCAUGAUGUAAUAUUACACUUUGAUAUAUGCUUGAAAACAAUCAUUGUGUUUGAAAAUCUGUUAGCACCACAUUUGUUAUUUGUUAGUCUGUAAUGGUUGAUAUAAGAUGGUGAAUUAUAUUUCAGUGAAAGUUUAUUUGUAUGGUCUGGACCACAGAGGAUAAAGGUACUGUAACCAUGUUAACAGUGUGAAUGAAAACUCUUGAUUCACUCUUCAGCUUUGUCAACUUCUGCUGUGUAUUUAAUAAAUGAUCAAAGUUGACUCUUGUUUUUUUAAGAUCUGUUAUAUAAUCUGUAGUGACUCUAUUCUGGCAUGUAAGCGGUCACUUUAUACCCCCUAUAUAAAUCAUCUGUCUACUAUAUGUUACAUUGUGGAAGUGCCAAAUAGAUUGCCAAUGUUAGAUUGUGUUGACUUUAUUUUCAAAUUCUACACAAAAUUAAAGCCAUUGUUUAAUGAAACAAUCAGUUUUUUAUGUAAAUACUGAAUGUGAAUAAUAACUGAGCUCAGUACUGAUACAGUGUUGGGAAUUAUUAUUAUACAUUUGUCUAUUCACUCACAUGUGUUAGUCUAAAAAAACUGAAGCACUAUUACUGAAUGUACAGUUGAGGCCACAAGAUUACAACUUACAGAAUCUGAAAAAUGCUGCUAAGAUUGGAAAAAGGUUUGAUUUUUAAUUUAGUCCUACCCUGGCCUGAACAAGAGAAAGUUUGUAACACAGAAAAAUAACAUCAUUUCUAAAAACAACAUACACCUGAUCCGAUGUUACCUGGACAUCAAUGAGAGUUUGUAUGUUUUGUGAUAGUUGUUGAAAGAUUUCUUGUUUGUCCUGAGACAUUAAACUCUUCACUGAUCUUCAGUAAAGUCCUGCAGAAUCUUCUGUAUAUAUGAACCCUGUUCACCAAUGACUGUAUGAUGACUCAUACACAACUAUUACAAUAUAUACACAAACAUUCAGUGAUGCUCAGGAAGUCAAUAACAAACAUUUAAAAGUCAGAUGUAUGUAAACUUUUCAACAUGUUAUAUACAUGCCAUUUUUACAGGACA